AUGCCUCCACAACCCGGAAUGUUUGCGAUCCCCUACGCCUCGGCUCACAAAGUUCGCGCCAGCAAUAAUUUAGAAGUCCAUAACGGCAUCCCUGACAUGAAUAUGGCAUAUCACCAUCAUUCCCAUCACCACCCAAACCAACUAUCUUCCUCUACCAUGAUUGCUGGACCUAGCUCACGAGUACAUGUAGACGAUUCGAGGCGGGAGAAGCGGAGGAAGGAGAUUGCGGGGCGGCUUGGAAGAGAAAUGACUAGAGAAGACAUGCGGCACUACACCGAAGCCAUAUCAACACUGCAUAGUACAGCCCUUCAACUCGCAGCGCAGCCCGAGAAGCUCCCUGCCUAUCAACUACGUCUAUAUUCACUCUCUUUAGAACGCUCUGCUUUACUGGCUCAAGCUGCCGUUGAAGAGAAAUACGCGUUAGACACUGCGCAGGCAGCGUACGAGUUUGAGCGGGAGAGAAUUGAGGAAGAAUGGAAACGUGGAAGGAAUCGAAUACGCGAGAGGAUGCUCGAAGGUGUCGAAGACAGGAGACGCCGCGCUCGAGAUGACAAGGACGCGGACGGUGUCGUCGGUGGCGAGACGUCGUUGGACUCACAAUCGCGUCCAAUUGUUACGCGAAAGUUGCGCAACAAGCUGGGCACCUCGCCGCCACCCACGCCCCAAUCCACCAACGCUAAUGGCUCAUUAGGCUCAAUCUCCAUGAUCGCAGGACUGCUCCCCAAUCCUCACUCACUAUCCGUGGACGAGUUGCCUUCGCCCUUUCCUCUUUCACUCACAUCGGCCAUUCUUACUAACGCGCCCAGUGGCGGCAGCGGGAGCAAUGGCCGUCGGCGUGCGAAGGGAGGCGGCUCCCAGCCUCAAGCGGCAGGUAAAUCCGAGGCAGGGCUAGUCAGCUGCAAAGAGUCAGAACUCGAGAGCGAUCUCGGAGAGAUCAGGAGAGGCAACAGGAGGCGGAGGACAACGACUGCUGUCUUAUCGAAAACAUGA